AUGCAGGCUCUCAUCGCUCCAGAUGCGCUAUAUUCUGGUGUGAUUGAUACACACUGCCAUCUGACGUUUCCUGAUUACGCGGGACGCCUCGACAAGGUGCUCGAUGAAGCUUCGGCGCUGGGAGUGACCGGCGCGAUCAGCAUCGCGACGACGACCAAGGAUUCGCAUGACACGCUUCGGAUCGCGCAUGAGCACGAGUAUGUGUGGUGCACGGUGGGUGUCCAUCCGCUGUAUUCGGAUCAGGGACCACACGAUUGGGAUGUGCUGCGCGAGCACGCGAAGGAACCCAAGUGUGUCGCGUUUGGUGAGCUCGGACUGGACAACCACUACGACCAUCCGCCCAAAGCGACGCAGCAUUCGGUGCUCGCGGAGCAGCUGAGCGUGAUCGAGUCGUGCUGGGAUGCUGGGGACACGCUCCCGAUCGUGAUCCACUGCCGAAAGGCGUUCGAUGAUCUGAUCCCGAUCCUCAAGUCGUGCAAGAUCGAUGCGGAUCGGUUCGUGUUCCACUGCUUCACAGGCACUCCGGAGGACGUCCGCAAGGUGCUGGACUUUGGAGCGAGUGUAUCGUUCACCGGCGUGGUGACCUACAGCAACGCGAAAGACGUCGCGGAAGCAGCGGUGCUGGUCCCGAGCGAUCGGAUUCUUGUUGAGACCGAUGCGCCGUUCCUGUCUCCCGAUCCAAUGCGAGGCAAGCGUCCUUGUCUGCCCGGCUAUGCACGAUACACGGCGGAGUUCCUCGCGAAGAUCCGAGGCGUUUCUUUCAGCGAGUUCCAUCAGCAGAUCGACGACAACACGGAGCGGUUCUUCGGCAUCCGCGCUCCAUCUCCAUCUGAUCAAGUGCUUGCGAGGGUCAAUGAUCUCGGUGGGUGGUUCCAUGAUCUGUCUCCGUAUGUGUGGAGGAUCUCGGGGGACUUCGGGAUCCGCUGGUAUGGGGUGUCGUAUCUGCUCGCGUUUGUGCUCGCGUAUGUCAUGCUGCGGAUGCUCGCGAAGCGCGGCGUUACCCCGAUCCCCAAAGACCGCAUCGCCGACGCGAUGAUGCUGCUCGUGGGUGGGGUUAUCGUUGGUGGUCGGCUCGGGUACGUGCUGCUGUACGAUCCGUCGCUGUUGAUAGAUUUUUCGGGGUCUCUCCCGUUCUGGGGUGUCUUCCGGCUCACCAACGGCGGGAUGGCUUCGCACGGCGGGUUUGUCGGCGUCAUCGCCGCAGCGUGGUGGAUUUCGCGUGGAUUCAAGGACGAGCAUGGCAAUCGCGUCGGGAAGUGUCCCCCUCUGCAUGUGAUGGACCUGUGCGCGAUGGUCGCGCCGCUCGGACUCAUGCUCGGACGACUCGCGAACUUCAUCAACGGCGAACUGCUCGGCAAGGUCGUCGCGCCCUUCGGCACUCAAUCGCCGUGGUGGGGGGUGCGGUAUCCGCAAGAAAUCCUCGAGCGUCCGGACGAUUGCACACCAGAGCAGCUUGAUGCGGUCGCGACGAUUUCUGCUCAGCACAUGCUCCCGAACGAGCAGUACUGGGAAGACGGGUAUGUUCGGCUGCUCGACAAGAUCCAGCACGGGAACGAGCAGUUACAGGAGCAGCUGCUGCCUUGGAUCUCGGCGCGGUAUCCGACACAGCUCAUGCAGGCGUUCUUUGACGGACUGCUGGUGUUCAUUGUGGUCUGGAUCAUCGCCUGCAAGCCUCGUCGUCCCGGAGUGGUCGGCGCUUCGAUGCUGAUCGUGUACGCGCUGGGACGCAUCCCGAUGGACCUUGUGCGUCUCCCUGAUGCCGGGAUCGCGCAGUUUGGUGGAUUGACGCGAGGUCAAGCGUACUCGCUGAUCAUGCUCAUCGCGGGAGUCAUGGUGCUGAUUGUUGUGCACAAACGCAAGCAGCCCAAGAUGGGCGGAUGGGGGAGUGGUGGGGGCUCAGUCGCGCUCGCGUCCGAGACGAGCGAUGCCGAGGGUCGCGCCGAAUCCAAGCACGAUGUUUUCAGCCGUGACGAGCUCGCCUUUGAUCGUGUCGCCGACCUCUGGAAGCACGCCAGCGCGGAAUGGAUAGAGACCAGCGGGAGCCGCGAUGAUGAGUCCGAGCAGGACUCCGAGCGUGACGCGUUCGUAUUUGUGGAGCACCCAGCGGAGGAUGUUGCUGACGACGACGACGCCGAGGAUCACGCCGAUCCCGACGGGGAUGACGAUGGACAUCUGAUCCAUGACCGCGCCGAGGUCCGCGUCCUUGAGGGCGCUGAUGGUGUCCUUGAUUGCGCCGAUGAUCGUCUCAUACAUCCCAAGCAGCAGGAGCAGGAACGCGCCGGAAUCCGCGCCGGAUUCUUGGAGGUAGACCAGUCCCGCCAUAAGCAGGGCGCCGAUGACCACGCCGAUGAUGACGUUCUUCGAGAUCGGACGCACCAUCGCGUAGAGGAUCGGGAUGCCUCCGAGGGUGAGUCCGAUGAAGAGCGAGAACAUCACCCAGCGGUGAUGCACGAGCGACCAGUGGAUCAGCGAUGCAAGCCCCCCGAUCGCGACCACGGCUCCGAUGAUCACGCAUCCGAGCGUGAGCAGAUCGUUCUUGGUGAACUUGAAUCGCGUGCAAUCCGACACGGCGUCGAUGAAUCGGGUGUAGAUGCCGCACGAUCGGCACGCGAUCAUCGUGCGUAUGGGACGGGAUCUCAUGCGUUCGAUGAUAUGAUGGAUGGAAAGAACGGACUGCGAGGACCUCAGCGGAUGAGAUACGGCAUCAACAUACGAACACUCCUGAUCCUGAGCAUCAUGCUCCCGGCUGGAUGCCGGAGCGUGUAUCCACGAACGCUGGUUCCACAACCAGAAUCCGCUCCAGCCGUGUCGUCUUCGGGUUCGACCACAGCGCCGCAGACACAUGUGAGUGAAUCGAUUUGGCCGGCGCGAUGGGGGUUUGCGUCGAUUGCGCCAGGCGAUCGGGUUGGGGUGAUCGUCGAUCUGGAGACUCCGGUCCAGCAGCUUGCUCCGGCGCACCUGUCCCGAUUCCACCAGUUGCGGAUCGACGAGACUGAGUACACAGAUAUGCACGCGCUCGCGAGCUCGUUGGGACAGAUCGAUCCCUACAAGUUCCAAGCGGAAGGGCCGGGCUGCUUUAUCUUCGUAGAUAACCCUCCGAGUGAUGAGGGGAAAGAACCUGAUGAAGACAAAGAACCCGAUCUUGCGUUCAAGUUCAUCACUGCUCAAGAAGCGGGGAUGAUCAAUGCUGGCGGAGAUGAACUCCAGCAGGUGUUGCUUGAGCGGACCUGGAUGACAUACCGCAGCGCGAAGGGAGAAUCGGAGACUAUCGGGACUGUGGUCAUGAUGCCUGGGAUGUUUGGGACUCCAGAGCCGGUGAUUGAUGGACUCGAGCGGUAUUUCAACUCCAAGGGGUGGGCUGUGCUUCGGAUGCUGUCGCAUCCAUCGCGAUUCACGCAGCGCCAGCAGUUUGCGGUCGAGGAGGGACGCGAAGCUCAAAUCGCCAAGCAAGUCGCGGAGAUGUUCGACACGCGCACGGCGGAAGCCGCGUAUGCCGCGUCCGCAUCGCUGCGACAUGUGCAUGAGCGGUUCAGCGAUCAUGCGGACAAGCCGGUCGUGCUGCUUGGAAUGUCAGGGGGCGCGAUGAUCCUUCCGACAGUUUACAGCUUCGAUCCCGAUCUGUAUGACGCGGGAGUGAUGAUCGCUGGAGGGGGAAACUUCCUUGAGAUCAAUACACGCUCGAACUACAAGAAGUGGAUCGAUGCCGUGGAUCUGGAUGCGGAUCCAUCGGAUACCGAAGUGCAACCUCUCGACGAUGAUCAAGCGAGGGAGAUGAUCGAUCUGUACCUCGUCAACUCGCGGCUGGAUUCGCUGAAAACCGCAGAGAGUAUGUAUGGAAUCCCGAUGCUCAUGCUCCACGGCUCAUCGGACAAAGCGGUUCCAUCCUCGACUGGUGAUGCGCUGUAUGAAGCGCUGGGGAAACCAGAGCGAUGGGUGUAUCCCGUUGGUCACGAGCUGAUCUUCGCGGGACUCCCCAUGCAGACUCCGAAGAUCGAACGCUGGAUGCGCGAGCAGUUGAUCAAGGAGUGA